CUUCUUUCUCUUCUCUCGGUUACCAUUUUCUCUGUUCGUUUCUCUAGCAACAUCUCCUCUCGCUUGCCGCCCUGUCGCGUGCCUCGCGUUCCAACGAGGCGACAGCGGUUCGUGUUGGUGCCGAGACUUCUCACUAAAAAUGUGAGUUCCCUUAUUGUCUCUGGUUCUUUUUUCUUUUCCUUUCUUCCUUCGCUUCGGGUCUCUCUGCCUCUGGAAGCACUUCACUCGUUUCCCCUGCUGUCGCCGAGGUCGCCGCUUCGGAGGAGGAAAGCUGGCCAAGGUAGAUCCGUUUCCUACUUUUCUUCUCCUUCUUCUCCGUCUUCUUCUGCUUCCUCUUUGUCUUCUCUUUCUUUUCCUUCUUCCCCCUCUUCUCCUUCUCGUCUGUCCUCUCUUACUUCCUCUCUGUCUUGCCUUCCUUCUCGCCUUCUUAUCCUUCUCCGGCUUUCUCUUCUUCUUCUCACCUGGACGCGCGCUGCGCCUCUCUUUGGAGCCUCCAGAGACAGAGAGACAGGAGGCGGCCAGACGAUGCCAGGGGCGCGCGCCCCGGAGAAAAGAGAGGUUGCAGAGGAAGAAAGACGAACGGAGCACCUGGAACAAGGGAGGUGAGAAGCCGCUGCGGAGCGCCAGGUUUGUCGAGAAAUCGCAUGGUUUUCCAAAGAUGUUUGCGACAGGAAAUUCGCCGGUCCCGGCAGCGAUGGAAGAGAGUUGGAUCGCCGCCGUCAGCUUGACGCGUCGCAUGCCUCCGAAGCUCAUCGACCGAACUGUGGCGGGAGUCCAACAUUUGUGCCCGGAUCUCAGUAUCCAAUUGCUCACUCGCGUAGACCGGAGACUUCGUCUCUGCUUCGACUCAGAGGCACGCAAGUUUUUCAUUGCCUGCAUUUACAACCAACACGGUUCGUCCUUUCGGUCGCCGUGGACGAACGCGUACAUCGAAGGAAACGACGUUUCUGUGUUGGGCGCAGUUCCUCAGCGCCGGAUUAAGCCAGCAGACAAUCUGAGGAAUCUGGAGACGACCUACAACCGCAUUUUUGACUCCUACAGACGCGCAUACUAUGAAGGAGGCGUUUCCUCCGUCUACCUCUGGUCUCUGCCCAGUGAGGACGGCUUUGCAGGAGCUUUCCUCGUUCGACACGCCUUGGAUGGCGGCGUCAGCGGCGAUGGCCCUCGUGGGUGCUGGGAGUCUGUGCAUGUGGUGGAAGUCACCCAGUCAACCAGCAACGUGCACUAUCGUCUCACGUCAACCGUGAUGGUCGACGUGGACCCGCCAGAGAACGCUGAGGCAAAUUUCUACGCCGGUGCGAUGCUCACUCGAACAAGCGAACAGUCUCAGAAGGUGACGGACCUCCUCACUGGCCCCGAGGUGCCUCCCCACAUUGGCGUGAUCGGCCCGAUGAUCGAAGCCAUGGAAGACCGCAUGCGCACCGCUAUUGAGAGAAACUACUUCGCGAAAGCCUACUCGAUUCUUGACGGCAUGAUUCGAACGAGACACAACACGAAGGAGCCAAAAAAAGCAGCAUUUUUCAGCGAGUUGAGUUCUUCGCUGAGUCUGUUGUCGCGCGGGAGCGGCGGAGGCCCAGGCAGUCCUGGCGGGCGCAGUGUGCGGGGCUCGAGGUCCUUUCUGCGACCGAGGUCGGGAAGCGACAAUUGAGAAGGCGACGGAGACAAGGAGAAAGAAAUAGUCGGUGCAAAAAGAGAGACAGCGAAGACACAGAAGAGAGAAAACGAACGCAGAGGUGGGCGAAGGAGAAAGGCACUCAGAGAAAGUGAGAGAUGUCGCCGUCUUCGAUGAGUUUCCAGCAGCCGCCGAAAAGCGAGGAGUCGAGCCGGCUAGAGAGAGCGGCUUCCACUCCGCAUUUGCCAUUGCAGCGCGCUGCGUCCAGACUGUUGUCUCGAAGCGCUGACGCAAGGCCAAAAACCCGUUGUCUGCAAAAAAAAAACUGCGACGCUGCCACGAAAGAGACAAAAGUUCCCCCAUUCACGCGACUUCGACCUUGCCGUCACUCGCAGAAAUACACAUGCACAGAUAUGUGCGUAUACUUCUGUGCGCAGAUACACAUACAGACAGACAAAUGUGUGUCUGCAGAUGAGUGUGUACAUACAGCCGAGGGCAGACCCGGUGGGAUGGAAGGGAUGGAAGUGGGGAGAACGUGGAUCCGGCCAACAAAGAUCGUCAAGGUGCAAAGCAGGAGUCCACCUCGAGGUACACACUUGCCAAAAAAUGUCUUUUAACCUUUAUCUUCUCUUCUUUCUCUCGGACGAAGAGUGAGUGAGGUGACCUCCGUUGUUUGACGCCUCUCCGAAGACUGCUGCGGCCCUGCCUGUGAAAUCCACUCAAAGAGGAACGGCCGCUCCGCUGUACAUCCAGAAGACACAGGCUCUCUGAGUUACCGUCGGGAGUUUUCGCUGCGAAGUUCUCGCUGGCGAGACUAAACACUGCCGCUCUACUCGUCGGAUCCCACUAUUGGCUUCUUGCGCACAAACAAGCAUAUGCAUGCAUGUGCGUCGAGGUACACACACAUCUUUACCAACGCAUAUGUGUAUCUUCUCUUUACAUGCACACAUCUGCGCAUGUAUGCGAAGGCCAAUAUAUAUGUGCAUAUACAUAUAUACAAAUAUAUAUGUAUAUAUAUAGGUUUGUCUUGUUGGAUUUUGAGCGUUGUGUGGUUUCAUCAGGGGACCUGGGCGUUUUUCAGUUGUAAGAACCUUUUUCAGGGAACAAUUGUUUCAAGAUUUUUCCUUUCGAGUGUCUGAAGGACGCGCUUCUGGAGAGGUUCUUCGCUCACGGGGGGUCUCCACAGUUUUUUAGGCCGAUCCACGGCCACACAAGGCGGCAAUGCCCUUCGAAUCGGAAACACUCGCUGUUUUGAAAAUGCAUGCACAUGGGCCUCCCCGAUGUUACCCGCUGACUUCUCACGCGAGUCUGCUUGCAAGCCACCCUUUUCCUCCCAACACUGUCAAUCCCUAAG